GUUGCCCGGUCCCGGGCUCGAACCCCACGGACCGUCUGGAGACCGGCCGCGCUCCGGAAGUGACUUUGCAUUUCGAAUGGGUUCCAAAGGAGCCCAAACCACCACUGACUGCUAUCAACGUGGCUAGCAACCUGAGGCUACGGACUACGUUUCGUUUUCUACAACACAGGCGACCGAGAACCCCAAACCAAAACUUGCUUGCAUUGCACUUUCACCCCGCAACAACGAAACCAAAAAUCCACAACUCAACCCUUUAUCGAACGAACAACUUUAUCCAAUAUGUCGGCUACGCUCAUUAACGUCGACGAUGGCGACGCCAUGGAGCCUACGCUGCAGUCGAUCCUCGACCAGCGGUCACUCCGUUGGAUCUUCGUCGGCGGCAAGGGCGGUGUGGGCAAGACGACCACAUCCUGCUCGCUUGCCAUCCAACUCGCAAAAGUACGCCGCUCUGUGCUGCUCAUCUCAACCGACCCGGCCCACAACCUCAGCGAUGCCUUCAGCCAAAAGUUCGGCAAGGAGGCCCGUCUUAUCGACGGGUUUGAGAAUCUGAGCGCCAUGGAGAUCGACCCCAACGGAAGCAUCCAAGAUCUAUUGGCGGGGCAGGGCGAGGGUGACGCCGGCGCCGACAUGGGCGGCAUGGGGGGGAUGAUGCAAGACCUGGCCUUUGCGAUUCCAGGUAUCGACGAAGCCAUGUCCUUCGCCGAAGUCCUCAAGCAAGUCAAGUCGCUCUCGUACGAGACCAUCAUCUUCGACACCGCACCAACCGGCCACACACUCCGCUUCCUACAAUUCCCAUCCGUGCUCGAGAAGGCACUCGCCAAGGUAUCACAGCUGUCGAGCCAGUACGGGCCCCUCCUCAACGGGUUCCUGGGCAGCAACGGGACACUUCCAAACGGGCAGAACCUCAACGAGAUGAUGGAGAAGCUGGAGACGCUGCGGGCGACCAUCUCGGAGGUGAACACGCAGUUCAAGGACGAGCGGCUGACGACGUUCGUGUGCGUGUGCAUCCCCGAGUUCCUCUCGCUGUACGAGACGGAGCGCAUGAUCCAGGAGCUGGCCAGCUACGGCAUCGACACCCACAGCAUCGUCGUCAACCAGCUGCUGUUCCCCAAGCCCGGGUCCGACUGCGAGCAGUGCACCGCCCGCCGCCGCAUGCAGAAGAAGUACCUCGAGCAGAUCGAGGAGCUGUACGACGAGUUCAACGUCGUCAAGAUGCCGCUGCUGGUCGAGGAGGUCAGGGGGAAGGAGCGGCUCGAGCGCUUCAGCGAGAUGCUGGUCCAGCCGUUCGUGCCGCCUGCGUAGGGUGCUGGGGAAUGGGGGGGCGUAGAAGAUGUAGCUGGGAUGAAGACGGGCGUGAGGCUGUAGAUACCCUCCUGCGUUGACAGUAAUUGUUCGUCGAUAGCAGCCGUAUAAAGGUGUCAGGGAGUCAGGCAUGCCAUAGAGUACGGAGUACGCGGGCAAGACACGACGUGCACGUGCGGACAGGCGUUAUGCCAUGGAUAGAAGCCCCAGCCGUGAACUUCAAUCGAAUGAACAGUUAAAACAUGAGACACGUGUGCGAUGAGCACAAUAAUUUCACGAG